AUGGCCGUGGCUGUAUCGCCCGACAGACGUAAACGUGACUCGAAGCGCCGCGCUCAUGUAUCGCGGGGUCCGCCCAUCGCAAUGAAGUGCCUGUGGUUAUUUGUGAUCGUUCUGUGUUUUACGUGCGAAGCCGCAAACAAACCUCGGAGAGGACGCGGCAGCAUGUGGUGGGGUAUAGCCAAAGCGGGGGAGCCAAAUAAUCUAUCACCGAUUUCACCAGGGGUUCUAUACAUGGACCCGGCAGUUCACGCCACACUCAGGCGGAAACAGAGAAGGCUCGCCAGGGAGAACCCUGGAGUCUUAGCAGCAGUAGCUAAAGGUGCCAGCAUGGCUGUCGCCGAAUGCCAACACCAGUUCAAAUAUAGAAGAUGGAACUGCUCGACAAGAAACUUCCUCAGAGGGAAGAACUUGUUCGGCAAAAUCGUGGACAGAGGUUGCCGCGAAACAGCAUUCAUCUAUGCCAUCACUAGCGCGGGAGUGACACAUGCGGUGGCACGCGCGUGCGCAGAAGGCUCCAUAGAAUCGUGCACGUGCGAUUAUUCACAUAUUGACCGUGUACCGCACCGAACCCGCGCCGCUGCCGCCGCCAAUGUCCGCGUCUGGAAGUGGGGCGGCUGCAGUGACAACAUUGGCUUCGGCUUCAGAUUCAGCCGCGAAUUUGUUGACACUGGUGAAAGAGGCAAAACCCUAAGAGAAAAAAUGAACCUACACAACAACGAGGCUGGACGAGCGCAUGUGCAAACGGAGAUGCGGCAGGAAUGCAAGUGUCACGGCAUGUCUGGCUCGUGCACCGUCAAGACUUGCUGGAUGAGGCUGCCCAGCUUUCGCUCUGUGGGCGAUUCGCUGAAAGACCGCUUCGACGGUGCAUCGCGGGUCAUGAUGCCUAACACUGACCUGGAGUCACCAGCGCAGCGGAAUGAUGCGGCACCGCACAGGGUGCCACGGAGAGACAGAUAUCGAUUCCAACUGCGGCCUCACAAUCCAGACCAUAAGUCGCCUGGGGCCAAAGACUUGGUUUACUUAGAAUCAUCGCCUGGUUUCUGCGAAAAGAACCCAAGACUAGGCAUCCCCGGUACACACGGGCGUGCCUGCAACGACACGAGCAUCGGAGUGGACGGCUGCGACCUCAUGUGCUGCGGCCGAGGGUACCGGACGGAGACCAUGUACGUGGUGGAGCGGUGUAACUGCACCUUCCACUGGUGCUGCGAAGUCAAGUGCAAGCUCUGUCCAACGGAAAAAGUGGUGCACACGUGUUUAUAG